UUCCAUGUUGCGCGAUACUCCUGCUUGUCCCUCUUUGUCCGGUGGCGAGAGUAGGCCAUGAUAAUUAUGGCAAAAUUUGCGUUUUUGAAUGAAUUAUAGUUGAAUGGUGGAUCAACAAGCACACACCCGAGUGAGGACUGGUUUCUGGCAAUGACACACCAGAGAGUUUCAAUUUAAAGGACAUCAGAACAAGCAACGGAGAAAGGGUACAGUUUGCUUCCAAGACAGUCUGCAAGAUGGCUAGCUAUCUUCAGUGGCAUGCUAACGUUAGCUAGCCAGCUAAUGUUAGCAUAGUAAACAACAGUUUUCAAAACAUGAUCAAUUGCUUAAUGUUAUAAAUGCUGUGAUAAGUGGAAUUGAGAGCACAUUUUCACAAAUGACAAAUUGAGAGGUCAAUCACAGUUUUCGGAUUAAUGUUCCAGUCUUGCCGCUACUGGGGAAAAUCUCAACGCUGCUAGCAAGCCACAUUGAGUAACGUGGCUAGCUGGUUAGCCGAGGUAGAAACUAGCUUGCGUUAGCUAGCCGGUGGACUUCUUUGCUACACAUCUGUAAGUGAUCAUUUAUAGAGGGGGGGGUGGGGGGUGCUGUGUAACUUCCUUGUACUGGCAGUCGGGCCAGGUAACGAGCAACCAGUUUCACUCCGCUAGCAGCAGUCUGUUUUGCAACGAGACGAACUCGUGCUAAAUAACGUGAACCGGCUGAGUUUUACCCUUCGUUUAUUUGGUGACCAAAUCCCGGCGUGACAGACACCGUGGCGUUGCAGCAGCGACGUAGUUUGCAGACCUGGGCCGGCGUUACAGUAUAACAUACGUGCUACUAACUGCUUUGAUGAUAACCAUUUAAACGUGAUUGAUAUAUCCUGAAGGCACAUUCCACACACUUGGCUCGUAGCCUUUCAGGACGUCGUCAUUUUUAACUUUUUUUUUCUUGCACAUGAACGGUGAUAUGCCACUUCACCGACAGUCAUAUUAACUAAUGGCUGCCGAAUCGGGGAGACUACUGGCGGGACAAGGAAAACGGAGCAAAGCUUCACAGAUGAAGAGCCCGGAGAAGAAGAAGGCAAGGAAAUCCACCAACCAGGCGGCAGGAUUCUCUCACCUUACAGAGUUUGCACCCCCUCCCACCCCCAUGGUGGACCACCUGGUUGCCUCCAACCCCUUCGACGAUGACUUCGGGCCCCUAUCCCGACCCAGUGGGGCCGGUGGACCAAGUGGUGCUCCAUUUCUUCCCAGCCCAGGCGGAGGAGGUGGGUAUGUCGGUGGGGGCAGAAUGGGCAUGGGCUUCAUGGGGGGCCCGGCAGGACCAGGGGGCGGACAACCUGGACGGAGGCUGCCGUUUGGACCUCCGUCCAACGCUGGCCCCCACCACCAGCUAGGCUUUGGAGGAAUGCCUGGCUUUGGAGGUGGUGGUGGGGGCGGCAGCGGGGGAGGAGGGGGUGGUGGCUUUCCCCCUGGUGGCCCUUCUCAGUUCAACAUGCCACCCAACUUUAGCCCACCCAUGCAUCCGGGGCCAGGAUUCAAUCCCAUGUUGUCUCCAGGGUCUAUGGGAGGCCCUGGGGGAGGGGGGCCGCCCCACCCUCGGUUUGGCAUGCCUCCGCAGCAGCAACACGGACAGGGUGGACACCCAUUCAACAGCCCGCCGUUACCUGGUGGCGGAGGUCCCAGGGGGCCCCCACAUGGCCCCCUGCCUCCCAUGGGAGGAGGCAUGGGUCCUGGGAUGAACAUGAUGGGUGGCAUGAGCGGUGGCCCCGGAGGCAACAUGGUGGGUGGGUUACCGGGUAUGCCCCCCCAAGGACAGUUCCCUCCUUCGCAGGAUGGCCCCCUACCCUGGGCCCCAGUCCGCCAGGGCCUGGGCAACGAGGAUGUAAAAAACUUUGGUGGAGGAGGUCCUGGGCCUCAGCAGCAGCAGCAGCAACAACAACAACAACAGCAGCAACAACAACAACAACAACAGCAGCAGCAGCAGCAGCAACAACAACAACAACAACAACAACAACAACAACAGCAGCAGCAGCAGCAGCAACAACAACAGCAGCUUAGCAUGAAUCCUAACGGCCCCCCUCCUAAUAAUACCACUCCUGGCCCUCCUUCUAAUUCCGGGCCCCCACAACCAGGAGGAGGCUUUCCUAGCCACCCUGACGUCCAGCAGCCCAAUUCCAAUGCACCUGGUCAGCCUCCCUCAGCACCGCAGCAGCCUAACCCCAACUCCUCACCUACUGGUCCCCUGAAUGGAUCAGGCCAGCCACAGCAUCCACCACCCAGUCAGCUACAGCCCCCCAGCAACACAAACACCCCCAACUCAAACAACUCUACCCAGCAGCAGCAAUCCACCCCACCUAAUUCUGCCCCUGGCUCCACUCCGUACAACCAGCAGAACAACACUCCGGGUGCUGGCGGUCCCAUGUCAAAUGCGGCCCCCAACGCAGGUCAGAACAGCAUGACCAACAACGGAGGCAACACCCCUGGCAGCAACCCAAAUCCCCCCUCCAACUCCACUUCGACCCCAAACACCCAGUCUCCGCUGCCCCCCGGCCCGGCUGCCCCCUCCACAGGCCCUGGCUCUGGCCCCGGAAAACUCGGGGGCCCCGGGAUGGUCUUCCCUUGCGGCCUCUGCAUGGCAGAGGUGCACGACGAUCAGGACGCCAUCCUUUGCGAGGCGUCGUGCCAACGCUGGUUCCACCGUGACUGCACAGGGCUGACGGAGCCAGCGUACGGGCUGCUGACACGGGAGAGCGCUGCCGUUUGGGCCUGUGACUUCUGCAUCAAGACCAAGGACAUCCAGGCCGUGUUUGUGCGCCAGGGAUUAGGCCAGCUGGUGGCGGCUAAUGAGAGUUGAGGGGUGGAUGACAGAGGGGCUGCGUGGAGGUGCAUCGCGUAGGAACAAAUAGACAUUCUUUGCUUUGACCUGACUGACGUGUCAGAAAGUCUCCCAACUUUCUCUUGACUAGCCCUUUACUUGUUCGCUACAGAGAGACACACACACCCAUUGACAUCCUUGCUUAAAUACAACACUUUGAGUGACUCUUGGAAAAUGAUUUUUCUUCCCUUCCCCCUCAAAACGAGUCAAAAACAUGAUGAAUGUUAAACUACACAGUCCUUCAGACAUCUAGACUGCCAACCAGCAAAGCACUGACACCAACACACUACCUCACACACUUUGUGACUGACUCGCCACACUUGUGCACCGCAGGAGUGUGAUGACAUUUCAAACCCACGUCAGUCGGCAAACAGAGUUCAAAUAUUCCCCUCUUUUGUAUUGAUGCAAUGGCUCAAGUUAUUCUCUGCGUUAUUCUCUAAUGUUUCUUGGCUGUAAUUAAGAGAAACAUGAUGUAUGUAAAAUCUUCAAAAUAGAGACAAAUUAUUGAAAGAGUGCCUGAAAAUCUAAAAGGGUCUUGUGUAGAUCACAGCAUUAUUUUCCAUCAAAAUGAUUAAUUUUUUCAAUUGCCUAUCGCUUUGUCUUUUUACUGCAGGCAAGGGAAAGAAAAUCAAAAAACUACAGUGUAUUGCUGCGUUAAAGUUAAGUGUUUUUUGACAACAAAAAAAAGGAUUGGGGGUGAAAACAUAUCUUUUAAAAUUCUUUAGUCAGUUUCUCCUCCUUAUACACACACACACACUUUGGCCGCGUACAUCCGUCGUUUGGUACUCGGUGCUGAUUAGUUGUAAAUAAUGAGGACAAAUCAAUUUUCUGGAACUUGCAUCAGUUGUGAACGUGCUACAGAGUUGACCAAUGAACAAAAUAAUAAGUUAAACGUAUGUGUCUUGGUUGUCUACAGUAUGAUGUUUUGGUUUUUAUCCAGUACAUUGGAGUCAACAGUUUCUUUUUAUCUCUGCAGUACACAUGAAUUGUGAAGUCAGUGCUUUUGUAUGGUGUUGGCAAAGCAAGUAUGUGCAUAGUACUUUAAAAAAUAAAAUAAAAAAAAUUAAUAAUCUGGGACGGAGUUGCAUGUGAACCAAUGCAGUAAAUAUCAGAUCUGUUUAUAUUCUGACCUCUGCGCUGCAGGAGGCCUUGAAGUAGACCAAAUAACUUAAGAGCGAACGAUACCCAUUCUUCAAAUUUCUGUCAUUGUAAAAUGUGUUUAUAACUAUUCUCCCCUCCGUCUCUUUACCUUUUCUUUAUUCAAUGUCCAAGUUGCCUUUAUUUUUCUUGCUCUCUCAGCUGUUCUUUUUUGGUUUCGUACUGGUAUCUGUGCUGUGCUCUUGCUCUGCUCUGGCGCCUCAUGGUGGAACCUGCAGGGACCAGUGAGUCUCACACCGGGUGGGGAAGGGAAAGGUACUGAACUCUGAAGUAAAGACAGAAUUUUGUUUUUUGUACUUGUCCAUGUCUGUUUUUAUUCACAUUUUUUUUAUUUGUUUGCUAAUUGUAUUAAAAUGAGGGUUGGAAACCCCAAAUGAAACA